AUGACGUCGCAUGCCCCAAGAGGUCAGGUUGGAGACCGGGUUUGCGUCAUUGGGGCUGGGGCCCUCGGUCUCGUCGCCAUCAAGAAUCUCCGAGAACAGGGCCUCAAGGUCACGGCUUUCGAGCGCAACGAAUACUUUGGCGGGCUGUGGCAUGUCUCCCAGGACCCGAGGCAGGUUUCCGCACUCGUUGAAACCGUGAUGAACACUUCCAAAGAGACCACCUCGUUUACGGAUUUCCCCAUGCCCGAUGAGUAUCCGACUCAUCCUACCGCGAGCCAGCUCCAGAGUUAUCUCGAGGGAUACGUCGAGCAUUUUGAUCUUUUGCGGCACAUAGAACUCUGUACGGUCGUUUCUUGCGUUCGGCGUGACGAUACCGACAACACCUGGCUCGUUCAUCUUAAGAGCACUAGAUCCGGCAAGGACGACAUCAGGCAGUUUGAUCGCAUCGUCGUCGCCACCGGCAUGCUUAGCUCCAGGAACCAACCGACAGUCAAGGGAAUCGACAAGUUUUCUGGCGAGAUCGUUCAUUCCCGUGAACUCAAGAAUCCAGGUCGGUUCACAGGAAAUAAUGUCCUCGUCGUCGGCAUCGGCUCCACGGGCGCCGACGCUGUUUGCGCCUUGAAAAGGGCCGGGGUUCAGAAGCUCCAUCUCAGCCAUAGAAGCCAGUACUGCGUCCUACCUCGCAUGUUUAGGGGUCGCGCGUUUGAUCACCGGCUCACCCGUCGGUCGAGCACUAUUCUCCGUUCCGCCGCAGCCCUAUCCCCACGCAUCGUCAGCUCUCUGAUGGGCAAAAUCAUGCGUCUUGUUCAAAACAUGGCGUUUCCCUGGCUGAAGUCGCACGAAUCGUUCCUUUCCCCACGAGUCGCGGACGGCCUUUUCCACCGCCAGCCCAUUUUCUCGGAUGAUCUGCCAACAUGUCUCAAGGGCGAAGGCGUUGAGAUAUUCCACGGGAUCAAGGAGGUUACUGAUGCUCGUUCAGUAACUUUUACGGAUGGCGCAGAGAUGACGAACCUGGAUGCCAUCAUUUUCUGUUCGGGUUAUCAUUAUGAUUUGUCCAUUAUUCAGGGUCCCGGCUACCCAGCAGAUCCAGCUUAUGCGCCGGAUCGAUAUGAAAGACUAAAUUCGGCGCUUUUCUACAACCCGCAAGACCCGUUUCCGCGUCUAUACCAGGGCAUAUUGUCGGAACGAUAUCCCGAGUCGCUGGCAGUACUCGGCCACCUCUUUGCGAUGAAGCCGAUAUUGGCGUUCAACGACCUUGCCACAAUGGCGCUGGCCAGCGUCUGGUCUGGGAACUACUUGUUACCUUGUGCAGGGGAGAUGAAAGCAGACAUUGAUGCGCACUACAACUUCGUAGGGUUGCAUCGAGAAGGUGAAUAG